GAAAAAUGUUUAAAUAUGUGGCUCUGUUGAUUGUGAUUUUAUGCUACACCGAAAAUAUAGCAGCAUCAUGGGACCAAGACAUAAACUGUCCCUCAAUAUGCACAUGCCACUUGGAACAUCUAACAGAAACAGCGAUAUCCAGAUUUAUGCAGAAACACAAGGAGAAACCGAUACCUGGAGAAAUAGGGACAAUGGAAAAUAACGAUGUUUUAUCUGAAGACACAUUAGAUACUGUUGAACUGUUAGAAGAACAUGGACCGACAAUUAUCCGUUCAGCAAUCUGCAUCCUCCAAACCGAAACAAAUCCUCUGGAUCCUAAUAUCAGAUCUUCCCGAUAACAUUGAGAGCUUAACCAUCAUCCAAGGGUAUGAAUCUGGCAACAAAACCAUCAAAAUGAGUUUUAUGAAGAAGUUUACACAGCUGAUGACCCUAGAACUGGUAGGACCUAACCUACAAAAUCGCCCUCUUAAUAGUUAUUUAAUUUGUGAAAUAGACGCUGCUAUUGACAAUUUGAAGUACUUAAAUUUAGAGAGAGUUUUGAUAAGAAAUUCUAAAGAGCAAAUAAUGAAAUUUUUUUAAAACAGGUAAAUGAGGAGAAUAUUACGUUUGAAUAUCCUCAAAAGUUUGAAACUAAAUAAUCAUGUUAUUACCUUAGUUAAAAGACCACAAAUGAUGAAAUAGUUCCUUACGAUGUUUUUAUAAAAGAGAGGGAAGCUACGGGGGAAACCCCCAUAUUUAUGGGCUUUAAAAAAUUAUUGUUAUUAAGAAUUAAUAACUGUGAUCUAAAUCAUAUCAAUUGGGAAAUGUUUGACGGCCUUCAUGACUUACAAUACCUUUUAUUAGAAAAAAAUAACUUAAAAGUAAUUCCUCCUUUUGCAUUCCAUGGAACUCCUAAUUUAAAAACAUUAUCACUAGCUCAUAAUAAUCUUUUAGAUAUACAGAUCACAGAUUUAGCCGGCCUUUUACAAUUAGAGUAUAUAGAUCUCAGCUACAACAACUUUACCCAACUUUCUGAGCUAUCUUUUCCUCCUUUUCCCAAUUUAAAACUCGCCAAUUUUGCUAACAAUCCAUAAAUACCAUUUUCUCGAACACAUUCGAAGUUAUGAACACCACAAACUCGUUAAUCAUAGGUAGUGAAUUAAUAGCGCUUACUUUGGUGACGAAUUCUCUAUUAGGUUUAGAGGAGUUGCAAAAGCUUACUUUAAAUAACUUACAACUUUCUGUGUUAAAAAGAGACCUCUUCAGUGGAAUGCCAAAGCUAAACGAACUUAUAUUAACUGGGAAUAUAACAAGAAUUGAGUACGAUGCAUUUUUAGAGAUAAAACAAAUUAAAACACUGGUGUUAAGUAAUUGUCAAAUAGUUAAUAUAUCUAUGGAUGGUUUCAUGGGUCUGAGUGCUUUACAAUACUUAGAUUUGUCACAAAAUUUAUUGGAAAUGGUUCCUCCUGGAACUUUCGAUCACUUACUAAAUAUAAAAGAGUUGUAUUUAAAUGGAAAUCGAUUCAAACAACUACCUAGAGACAUUUUUUCAAGAAUACAUCCAAAACUGUUGAGGCUGAACGAAAAUCCUUGGCACUGCUCUUGCGAUAUGAGUGAAUGGAAGCCUAUGAUAGUAAACAAAGUAAAGCAAGGAAUUUUAAAACCAUGUGAGUACACCAACGAUAAAGGAAUAUCGUGUACUAAAGACAAUAUGUUCACUUAUAAAUAUAUUUACGAAAAUAAAAUAGCUCCUAAAUGCUCACAGCCUGAACAGUUUCUAAAUUGGAAUGUUUUUCACGCAAUGAGACGCAUUUUGAAGUGCACAGAUUACCGGCCUAAACUAAGAAAACGGUUUAGAAAUUCCACAGUCGCAUCUCAAAACUUUACCGAUAUGAUCACCGCUACCCCCACUCCCUUUGUCAAUUUAACUAAACUUGAAAAACUUAGAUACAAACUCAAAAAACAUAACAUUCUUAAGAAUAAAAGUCCAUUGCAUAUUUCUCAAAAAUCUAUUGAAAUUAAUGAAAGUAACGAUAGCCUCGGAAAUGACAACAGCAAUUAUGAAAGCAAUAAUGAAAUUACCAACUCAAUUGAGUCAAUUGAAAUACACAGAAAACCAUUAAGAAGAAGAAAAAUGAAAAAGCGAUUCAGAAAACUCAGACAAAAACAUAAUGAUAUUAGUAAUGAUAUUUAAUGUUUUAUUAUUUUAAUAUAUACAUUUAUUUAUCUGAUCCUAUUUUCUAUCAUAGUUUAUUGUGAGUCCUGUAUACAGUGAUGAGUGCCUUACCAUCCGGCUUUUUAACGUAAGAGAUAGAAAACACAG